CACCAUCAUCACCACCAUCAUCAUCAAUCAUAACUCCCUCCCCCUCUCUCUCUCUCUCUUCUUUCUCUCUCCUUUGGACACUCGCCUCUUUUCUCGAACCUCCCAUCUCCGUCCUCUCCUUCCCGAGCCUCUUCUCUCUCUCUCUCUCUCGAUCGAUCUCGAGGCUCGAUCUUCUCUCCAACGCGGAAUCUGCUGGUGGAAAGAGGAAUCGGGCGUUCUCCGAUCUCGGCCAUUGCGCUCUCGAGUCAGGAGGAUCGCCUGCGGUCUGGCGCGAGGCUUUCCGGCGGUUCGCCCUCGUUCCGCGCGUCGGUGAAUGGAAGCGGAGGAGUAGCGGCGGCGGCGGCGGCGUCUCGAGGUCGGAGGUGAAUUGGAGAUUGGUUGAUUACGGAGCUUGAUUGGAAGAUGCUCUACCUGAAGCAGCCGAGCUCGGUGUUGUGCAUGGGGAGUAGCGAUAGCUGUCGUUUCCGUUGUUGUUCUUCGUUGUGUGGAUUGGUUGUAGGGUGAAAAGGGCGAGGUCCUCGAUUCCGCGUCUGGUGCAUGCUUUUCUGAUAAUUUCCCUGAGCCUGUGGCUCGGGGAAGGACCUGAACGGAGGUCAGGGAGAGGUGUUUGCGAAGAAUGGCUCUGUGUGCCGAGAUUGAGAGCUCUUUUCGCUCUCACGAAGCCUGUAUGCAGAAAUUCAGGCUCUACGAGACUCGAUCGAUGUUCUACAUGAUAGGGAGGGACAAGAGUAGGACAUAUUGGAGAGUCCUUAAGAUUGAUAGACUGGAUCCAUCCGAGCUAAACAUUCUAGAAGAUUCUACCACUUAUACUGAGCUUGAAUGUUCUGACCUGUUAAGGAGAAUACACGAGGGUAACAUAUCUACUGGAGGAUUGAAAUUUGUGACGACUUGCUACGGGAUAGUUGGGUUCAUUAAAUUCUUAGGACCGUACUACAUGCUGCUUAUAACAAAGCGAAGAGAGAUAGGUGCCAUCUGUGGUCAUACUGUGUAUGCCAUCUCGAAGAGCGAGAUGAUUCCCCUUCCAAAUUCCACUGUUCGUUCCAAUUUACCUAAUUCGAGGGAUGAAGACAGAUACAAGAGGCUCCUAUGCACAAUUGACCUCACAAAGGACUUCUUUUUUAGCUACUCAUUCCAUGUUAUGCGUAGCCUACAAAAGAACUUUUGUGAUAAUGAGGCUGGGCACGUUCUCUACGAGACCAUGUUCGUCUGGAACGAAUUCUUAACUCGGGAAAUUCGGAAUCACCUCAAAAACACGAUGUGGACGGUUGCUCUAGUGUAUGGUUUCUUUAAACAGGCUACACUUUCUGUUGCAGGAAGAGACUUCACAUUGACUCUUAUUGCAAGACGUUCACGACAUUAUGCUGGCAUGAGGUACCUGAAACGAGGGGUAAAUGAAAAGGGCAAAGUAGCUAACGAUGUGGAGACAGAACAGAUAGUGUAUGAGGGUGUCCCUGAAGGCCUUCCCGUGCAAAUAACUUCUAUUGUCCAGAAUCGUGGGUCAAUCCCUCUUUUCUGGUCACAGGAAACUUCCCGUUUGAACCUUAAACCAGAUAUAAUAGUGUCAAAGAAGGACCAGACUUAUGAAGCCACCCGACUUCAUUUUGAAAAUCUUGUCAGCAGAUAUGGAAAUCCUAUAAUUAUUUUAAACCUGAUUAAGACGGAAGAGAAGAAGCCUCGAGAAUCCAUUCUUCGUGCAGAGUUUGCCAAUGCAAUUGAUUUUAUUAAUAAAGACUUGCCUGAGGAAAAUUGUCUGAGGUUUCUUCACUGGGACCUACACAAGCAAUCUCGGAGCAAAGCUACAAAUGCACUGUUACUUUUGGGCAGAGUGGCCACUUAUGCAUUAACGUUAACAGGUUUCUUCUAUUGUCAAGUAUCCCCAGCCUGGAGACCUGAUGAUUGUCUAAAACGGUCUUCUUUAGAGAAAGUUAAUAAUGGCGGCUUGACUUCAAGGGAUCUUGGUGAGAAUGAAAAUGACUUGGGAGAUCUUUUAGAGAGAAAACCUAGUGAAGGUGACAACUUAAUAAAUGGAGAUCAUUCUGGAAAGCCUCCUAUGUUCCAAAGAGGGGUACUAAGAACCAAUUGCAUCGAUUGUCUGGAUCGAACAAAUGUUGCGCAAUAUGCAUACGGAUUGACUGCUCUAGGUCACCAACUUCAUGCCCUUGGAGGUAUAGACUGCCCCAAAAUAGACCUUGGUGCUCCUUUAGCUGAUGAAUUGAUGGGGUUCUACGAGAGCAUGGGGGACACACUAGCUCAUCAAUAUGGUGGCUCAGCGGCUCAUAACAAGAUAUUCUCUGAGAGACGGGGUCAGUGGAAAGCAGCCACUCAAUCGCAAGAGUUCUUCAGAACUUUGCAACGAUAUUACAACAAUGCUUACAUGGAUGCUAUGAAACAGGAUGCAAUAGAUGUAUUUUUGGGGAAUUUCCAGCCAGAUAUUGAUAAGCCUGCAGUCUGGGAGCUGGAUUCUGACCAGCCCUCUGGUUCUGGGAGGAAUGGAGAGGCGGAUGUCGACAAAGAUGAAAGGUCAAUUUUCAAGAGAUGCAUGUCAGAUGGAAAUAUUCUUCGAGAAACAAGCCCGUUAAUGUCAACUACGAAGAUCGAGCCGGAAAAGAUUUGUGGUUCAGUUUUACCUGAUCGAUCAGAGGAAGCUAGGAGAGCACUCAGCGAGUCGUCACCUGACAUUUCAACCUCAGAGAGUGAAAUAACUUUUACGAGGUACACUCCUUCAAUGCCUCGGACACAGCUAUUUGGAGAUGUACAGCGAGAAAACAAUCAUAUCUACUACUCUGAGUAUGGAGAUGCAACGAAUUUCUCCAACUUCCUUGAUCUAGAUUGGCUCUCAUCAUCAGGAAACUCAUGUGAGGAGGAGCCUUACGAAAGGUCAUCAAUUCUCACAAGCUCUCCUGUUGCCGGAUUGUCAUCUGAGAAUGUCAUGUAUGGAAUUGGGGCGACCCCAUCUACAAGUGAUUCCAGCAUGAAGGGAAGGGAGCAUGCUGCAACUGAGCUAUCGUAUCGUAACUCCUCCCAUACUUCUGAUGUGUUGGAGGAAUUUCCAGAUGGCUUUGUACAAUGGGUAACCAACGGGGAGGCACUCUGCCACUGAAGCCCAGCCGAUUCCCUCAAGGUUCUUCUCGUGUUCCCGUUUUUUGAACUUGUUCCGAUCUAUUACAGAGGUAAUGCAUCAAAUGGAUGAUAUAGGACUGUAUACCUAACACGAGGACUUGGAGGGAGAAAAAAACGGAUCGGCUUCAGUAUUUUCGUUAGUCCUGGUUGAGUGACCUGAUUGAUUAGUACAAAAGAGUAAAUAGCAACGGUUAGAAUUCUUUCUGGAGCUCUUCAUUUUCGUCUACUUAACAAUUUCAUCCAGGGACUCAGUAGGUCGAGCUUGUAAAUAUCUAUCUGCUUUCACUCUGUGAGCUCGGCUUCUUUUAAGCCGCAGAUAAUUGAUUCUUUAUUCCUUGA